GCACCUGCCCAGCAGAGGCGUGCUCUCGCGCACGCGCCUGGGCGCAUUUAAGGCGCGCGCCGCGGGCGCCGCGCUCCGGCGGGAACUGGCGGACGCAGGGCCUGGUUCCCGCCGCCAGCCUGGAGGAUGCUGAGUCCAGCUGCCUCCCUCGACCCACAGCCUCCGAGCACGCCCCGCGCCGACGGCGUCCCCGCGGGCACGAGCGCCUACGCCGUGCGCCCCCCGGGGCCGUGCGCGCCGCCGGGGCUGGAGGAGGCGCUGAGCGCGCUGGGGCUGGAGGGAGAACGCGAGUACGCCGGGGACAUCUUCGCCGAGGUCAUGGUGUGCCGCGCGCUGCCCAGGAGGGCCCUGCCGAGCACCGUGACCGCGGAGAUGCGCGCGCUCGUGGUGGACUGGCUGGUCCAGGUGCACGAGUACCUGGGCCUGGCAGGGGACACGCUCUACCUGGCCGUGCACCUGCUCGAUUCCUACCUGCGCGAGGGCCGAGUGCGCCUACACCGCCUGCAGCUGCUGGGCGUGGCCUGCCUCUUCGUGGCGUGCAAGAUGGAAGAGUGCGUGCUUCCCGAGCCCGCCUCCCUCUGCCUCCUGGGCGCCGGCUCCUUCUCGCGGGCGGAGCUUCUGCGCGCCGAGCGCCGCAUCCUGAGCCGCCUGGAUUUCCGGCUGCACCACCCGGGCCCGCUGCUGUGCCUCGGGCUGCUGUCCGCGCUGGCCCGGAGCGGCCCCCAGGUGACGCUCCUUGCCACCUACUUCCUGGAGCUGUCCCUGCUGGAGGCCGAGGCCGCGGGCUGGGAGCCCGCUCGGCGCGCAGCUGCGGCGCUGAGCCUGGCGCACCGCGUGCUGGACGGGGCGGGCUCCGGGCCCGAGCCGGCGCUUUACAGGUACGGCUGUGGCCGAGGGGCUCUGGGGCUCCAGCGACCUAUCUUCCUGGACGCUGUCUUGACCGUCUCAGAGAAUGAGAGACAAUUAUGGGGGAGGAGGGUGCACCUCGACUUGGCUUUUCUGGGUGUGAGAGAAGGAUGUGUCUGUCUGGUCUGGAGGUGUCUGAGCAUGGGGUGUUUGUCUGGAUUUGGGGACCCUUCACCUUGCCCCAGGGUGGGAGAGAGGAGAUCCCCGGGCCCGGAAGAUGCUCUGCGUUGCGGGGUUGAGAAGGAGAGGUCUGUCGGCCUCGAGUCGCCCAGCUCCCCUUGUGGCCGCGAACGGGGCUCCUUUUCGCUGCUCGAGCCUCUUCCCCGUACCCAUGGCACCGGGUGGCAGGGUGAAUGUCUUUUCUCCCAUCCCGUGUCCACGGGGCGGAGCUGGAUGUCACCUCGUCCCCAGCCCCACUCCUUCCCUCCCCGCGGGUCCUGGCUCUCCCCAAGCCGCGCCCUGCGGGGAGAAUCGGGGGUCGUCCCCUCCUCCGCGCCCCCCGGUCGCUCUCUAGAUGAUGGGCCUCGUGUCCGAUCUCGAGAGAGCCCCCGAGCGGUCCUCGGGGACCCAAGUCAACGCGUCUUCUCAGCCUCCGAGGACAGGUCGUGUCCACCGCUGCCCCUGCCUCAGUUUCCCCGUCUCCCCGCCGCAGCCCCGCGGAGCUGGGCCCGCUCGAGCCGUGCAUGGCCCGCGCCGCGCUCCGGGGUCCCGCGCCCGGCCGCGCCGCCAUCUUCCUCAAGUACGCGCGGCCCCAGCGCCGGGGCACCAGCCUCGCCGCCGCCCGCCUGCUCCGCCGCCCGCAGCCCGGGCCUCCCUGAGCCCGGGGACCGCAUCGAAGAAGACUCCGUGUGUGUCCGUCUCCCGUUUCAAUAA